GUGCCGAGGAGACAACUUUUUCCAGGACUGAGGACGUCUUUCGGGGGGCUCGGGAGGGGGCCAAGGCGAAGGACGCCCGGAAGCGGGCUGCGGCAUCUGGGGACAGGUGUGGCCGCGGGGUGGACGAGUGAUUGGCGUCUGGGUGUGAGCGCAGCCAAGUCCCAUCCGACGCCGGCUGUGGAUCUCGGAUUCCCCGUGGGGCGCGGAGGGCUGCGCUCCUGGGCGAGGGUUCCCUCAGCUCGAGGGCCAGCCAAGGGGCUCCGGAAGCCUGCGGGAGCGAGCCGGCGAGCCGCCCCGCUCCGGGGAGGCUGUGGUUAUGGUGAAUGAACGCCCCGCCGAGCAGGAGCGCGAUGAGAACUCCGCGCGCCUGUCCUCGCUCCAAGAGAACCUUAGCUCCUCCACGCCCCAUCCCAGCGUCUCGGCCCAUCCCAGCGUCUCCAUCCACCCCAGCGUCUCCAUCCACCCCAGCGUCUCCAUCCACCCCAGCGUCUCGGUCCAUCCCAGCAGUUCGGUCUUGCCCAGUACCUUGGCUCAACCCAGUGCUGUCACCCAGCCCAGUUGCUUCUCCAGCCCGGACAACUUGAGCGUGAUCAAGUUGAGCGCGCGCCGUUGGGCCGUGGUCCUGUUGUUCAGCAGCUACUCUAUGUGCAACGCUUUUCAGUGGAUCGAGUACAGCUCCAUCAAUAACAUCUUCAGGAACUUCUACGGGGUCAGCGCCUUUGCCAUCGACUGGCUGUCCAUGUGCUACAUGCUGACCUACAUCCCUCUGCUCCUGCCAGUGACCUGGAUGCUGGAGAAGUUCGGCCUCCGCACCAUCGCCCUCCUCGGCUCCGCUCUCAAUUGCCUGGGGGCCUGGGUGAAGCUGGGCAGCCUGCAGCCUCACCUCUUCCCGGUUACCGUCCUGGGCCAGGUCAUCUGCUCGGUGGCCCAGGUGUUCAUCCUGGGCAUGCCCUCCCGCAUCGCUUCCGUCUGGUUCGGGGCUAAUGAAGUUUCCACAGCCUGUUCCCUGGCUGUCUUUGGCAAUCAGCUUGGCAUUGCAAUUGGGUUCUUGGUCCCUCCUAUUUUGGUACCCAACAUCAAUGACCAGGAGAAGCUUGCCUACCACAUCAGCAUCAUGUUCUACAUAAUAGGAGGUGUGGCCACUCUCCUUUUCAUCCUUGUCAUCAUCGUGUUCAAGGAGAAGCCUAAACAUCCCCCCAGCAGAGCUCAGUCCCUGAGCUAUGCCUUGGCAUCACCUGAUUCUUCAUACUUACACGCCAUCAUUCGGCUCUUCAAAAACCUCAACUUUGUGCUGCUUAUCAUCACCUAUGGUCUGAAUGCCGGUGCUUUUUAUGCUUUGUCCACUCUGCUGAAUCAAAUGGUGAUCUUGCACUACCCGGGGCAAGAGGUGAAUGCUGGAAGAAUCGGCCUGACCAUCAUCAUCGCAGGAAUGCUUGGGGCUAUGCUCUCAGGUCUCUGGCUGGAUAAGUCCAAAACCUACAAGGAGACAACCCUGGUGGUCUAUGUCAUGACCCUGGUGGGCAUGGUAGUAUAUACAUUCACCUUGAACCUGGAACACCUGUGGGUUGUGUUCAUCACUGCUGGUACAAUGGGCUUCUUCAUGACUGGCUAUCUCCCGCUGGGAUUUGAGUUUGCUGUGGAGCUCACGUACCCAGAAUCCGAGGGAAUGUCAUCUGGCCUCCUCAAUGUGUCUGCACAGGUAUUUGGGAUCAUCUUCACCAUUGCUCAGGGCCAGAUUAUUGAAGACUAUGGCACCUUGCCUGGGAACAUCUUCCUCUGUGUAUUCCUUGCCCUUGGAGCAGCUCUCACUGCUUUCAUUAGGGCAGAUCUCCGGAGGCAGAAGGCAAACAAAGAUGUUCCUGAGAUAAAAGUCCAGGAGGAGGAGGAAAGCAACACCAGCAAGGUGCCCACCAUUGUGUCAGAGCAUCGUCUCUGAUGGAGACAUGGCAGCCACUCAGGAACCAUGAACACCCACUUGUUCAUUCCACUCAGCUCACUGCCAGCAGAAAGACCUUCAUUGGGACAGCUUCUGGAGGGAAGCGGCUGCAGUAUUUGUGGCUGGCAUGGCAGUGCCCAUGCCUCCUGGAACCCACUCAAGAGCUUGGAUGCUUCAUGGAGGAAAGUCGGACCUUCCAUCAAAUGCAGAUUGGAUUAUUGCCCCCUUCUCUAUUAGGUCAUGGGUGCUGGUUUGGGGAGAGGCUGAUAGAGGGUGCUGGAGUCUAAUGUUGCUUGAUUCUUUCCUUCCUCUAGCCCCUUCCUCUCUUCUGGAGAAUACUUGGAAAAUUAUCACAAGAAGAAAGCUUACUCAGGAUAUUCACUUUUUCUAUUGUCUCAAGACCUUCCCAUAAAGCCCAGUUCUCAUGAAGAAGGGGCCAGCUGCUCUGCCUGGGGAAGAGUCAUUCCUCAGCCUGAGUCAUUGCACAAACCACUCAAGGGCACCGAGAGAAGGCACAAUGGGAACAUCUUCCAUGGAACAACCCCAUCAGGGCAAUUCCCUCAGGACUCUUGGCCCAACCCCAUUCUCCUGGUCUGAUGUUGGAAUCUGUCUCCAGACCCUCUUUCUUAAGCGCUGACCAGACAAAAUAUCAAUAAACUUGGCCAAAUUUGAUUGUAGUCCUGCAGGGGAUACUGUAUCACCUAGGGGCCAAGAAGGUGCAGGGUGAGUUUGUGAAGAUCUGCAUUUGGGAACUCUGCUAGCCUGACUUGUGUUUUCAUACAAAAGAAGUCUUUGGCCAGGGACUGCUGUGUGUCCAAGUUCACCUAGUCUAUUUUUAUCUGGACAUUGCAUUAUUCCCAGGGGAUAAUCACAGCUAAUCUCAAACAUUCCACUCUGGCAAAGCUAAGGCUGCUUCUGAGAGAUGAGAGGAAAAGGGUAGCCAGGAGCUCAUCUCUUGCAAUGGGCAUUGAGUUAGCUUGAAUUAUAAACAUAUCUCGACUCUGGUGGAGGCAGUAUUUGCACACCCAACUUCUCUUCAUCUCCUGCUAGUGAUUGAUGAUCUUUAUCAGAUAACCUCAACCUCAAGUGAUUCCCUUUAAACCAAUUCCAGUUGAGCUCUUUUCCUACCUAGCCUGCUGUGUGGCCCUACUCCCGGGCUUUGUAUCUUCUGAACAUAAGAAGAGAUCUUAGUUAAUUUUUCCAGGGUAGCUGUGGCUAUGACCAUGAUGCUGUCUGAAUUUAGUCUCUCUCAUUAUAUCAGAGGAGCCUGGGCUGGUGUUAUUGGGCUCUGU